AUGCAAUUCUCCAUCUUCGCCAUCCUCGCCACCCUCGCCACCUUCGCUGCCGCCUCUCCCAUCGCCGAGUCCAGCCCCGCUGGUGUCGCUCUCCGCCGUGCCAUCAACAAGGCCUACUUCAGCGAGAUCGAGCUGGCCGAAACCGGUGAGUCAUGA